CCGACCGCAGUGCAUGUGGUUAGAAGUCCUAAUAGAGAUAUCUGCAGGUUGCUGCUGAAGCUGCUGCUGACCCACGCACACAUAUUUAUAUAAGACAGCUCAAAUCCUGGACGUUUUAGACCAUUUACAGACUUACUAACUAAUGGCAUGCUGAAAAAAAUAUGUAUAACUUACAGUGCAGCCAGUGCUGAUGCGUUUUUUCAGCAGAGUAUGCUCCAUCUAAGAAGACGGCUGUCGUGUCCUGGACUCCCGCCACGCGCAGACACCUGUCCGGACAUGUAGCGGGUUUACUCACUCACUCUGUAUGGUGCUGAGACCAUGAGAUCUCAUCAUGUUGUGGGUCGGUGGCCUUGGUCCUGCCUAAAGUGUGGCAGGAACUGUCCAAGUGCGUGAGGUCAGCACCCACACGAAACUAUCAUGGGGACAGAGAGCUACACCCAGCAGCUGGAGACAAGUGAUGGAGCUGGGACACUGGCCAGUAUCACCGGCCUGGAGGGGCAAAUGGGAGCAAGUACCACCGCAGGGUGGUACAUGCCUUAUCCAGUCAGCUUCCAGGUAUCACUUACCAGUUUCCUCUUAUUGGAGCUGGUUCUGGGCUUCAGUAGUAACUUGACUGUGCUGGUGCUUUACUGUUCCCAGUCCAACCUGGUUGAUUCGGUCAGCAACAUGGUCACGGUCAACUUGCACAUCCUGGACAUUGUUGUGUGUGUGCUGUGCCUGCCGCUAACUGUAGUCAUAGUGCUGCUGCCGACAAGCCGCAACCUGGCGCUCAUCUGCUGCUUCCAUGAAGCCUGUGUCACGUUUACCAGCAUCUCCACGGCUAUUAAUGUGCUGGUCAUCAGCCUGGACCGCUAUGACAUUUCAGUUCGGCCUGCUAACAGGUUCCUCACCCCUCGAUGGGCAGCUCUUCUGCUGGCCGCUGUAUGGGCUGUGUCUCUUGCUGUCUUCUUCAUCCCCUUCAUUGAGGCGGACUUCUUCUCUUCAGAGCCGGAGAAUGGGCUGGUCGACAGCCCCUUGACCCCAGCUUGGCGUAAUCGGACACUGCUCUGUGUGGGAGGACAGGGAUAUCAUAUGGGCCUUGGGAUGUACUAUCACAUCCUUCUACAGAUACCCAUCUUCUUUGCCACAUUGGUAGUCAUGCUCUUCACCUACUCAAGAAUCCUUCGGGCACUUAACAUACGCAUCGGUUCGCACAUGAGGAGGAGCCAGAGGAAAAAUGCACCCACCUGUAGAGGGCGGCGCAAGAAAAAGAAGAAAAAGGCGAAUCAUACAGAUGUUGAAGCAGGAGGGCAAGCAACAAACCAAACCAAGAACCUUACACACCCUCCACUCAUCUCCUCUCCAACUCCCACUCCAACUGCCACCUCACCCCCACCCAUGUCCUCCACCCCUCUGGUCAGUGCCAGCACUGCUACAGCACCAGCCCCAACAGUAGGAGUUCAAGCCUCGGUUUCCGCCAUCAUUGCUCUCCGCAGGGCUGUAAGGCGGCACAGAGACCGAAGGGAGCGCCAGCGGCGGGUCUUCAGGAUGUCCCUCAUAAUCAUCUGCAGUUUUGUGGGCUGUUGGGCACCUAUUUCCGUGGCAAACAUCCUUAUCCUCACAUUGGGCCCUAGUGAUGGACUGGUUCGAGCGCGGCUUUGGUUCUUGGCCAUGGCAUAUGGCACUACCAUAUCCCAUCCGCUGCUUUACGCCUUCACGCGACAGAAACUCCGUCGGGCACUCAGGGCCAAGGUGAAGAAGCGGGUGGUGUCCUUACUGCAAGUGGAUCCGUCUCCAGGUGGAACUGUCAUCCACAACUCCUGGGUGGAGCCACGGCAGGGGGGUCGAAAGCUCCGUUUGGAGGGAAGUGAUGCCACAGAUCGGUGUCUAACAGAACCACUAUGAAAUGAAGCAGCAAGCACACUGGCAUACCUGUUUGCUCAAGGUGAUAGCACUCCAGACAAAGAAUUGGCAAUGCAGCCUUUUCAUACAGAGUCAUACAAAUAGAAUGUGCUGUCCAACUCCAAAGUCACAUAGGCAGGAAAGACUAUGAUGAACUCAGUGGACUGCAUUAUGGUCACGAAAAUGUAAAUGAUAUAAACUGUGUGUGCUAAGCUAGUAACAUGCUGAUUGACAAUGAUGACAAUGAUUGUUUAUUUACCAUUUUACUUUAAUGUACAUUAUUUUAUUGUGAAAGUGAUAAAGAAAUAAUCAGGAUUAUUACAAGGAGGUCUAUUUUGAAGUUGUUUUAUUUGUAGUAUACAUUUCUGGAGAAACCAGGACCUAUUUAAUUCCUCUAUUUAUGUUAUAUCCUAAAUGUAAUGUGCAAUAUGAAUUCUCUUUCUUUGGAGAUGACUGUAUAUUGUAUAUAAUGUGCAAACCGUGCGUAAUUGCAAGAAAUUUAUGACAGUCAGUAAUAAGCUAAUCUGCAAUACAGCUACUUGAAUUCAAAACGGGGCAAAGGCACAGGUGUGCCAAUUAAGCAGCUCAUUUGUUCGUUAACUAGCGCUUCUGUUGGAGACUGUUGGACACAGAAGCCACCUCUGGGCCUCCUUAGCAACUGCUGUUUAGGAAAUUUUACAACCACCAGCAAACUGUGAGAGGGGGGAGAAGGCUGAUGCAAAAGCUCAAGCUCUCUCUGUUAGAUUUGCCCCUGGCCUCCUCCUCACACACCUACACAUUUGUACACACUGAGUUAGACACGGACAUUAAACACUCAAUAGCCCAGCAGCACAGUGUACAGACUUACUACAAGAUCUUGUUUACAUAAUGGUAAACUUGCUCUUUGAGACUGCUCCUCAAGGCGCUAAUGUCCUGUAACAGCCGCGAGUGGAAUAAAUGAACAUGCAGUCAUUAUGGUGUGUCAUUUAGAUGCAUGUGAAAGCAUCCUCCGCUAUAAGGGCAAAUGUACAUGCUAACAUUUAUCUUUUCAAAGCCUCUAGUCCUUUUUACAGCUGGACCAUGCCUUACAUCUCUCCACAAAGGUUACCAUGGUGUUAAAUAUGAUUUUUUUUUUUGUCUUACGAGGCUGUCUGGAGAACGGAAAAGUGUUUCUAAUGUGUUGCAUCAUUUAGCACUGUUUAGUUUUGUAAGAAAAGUGUCCAGAAGUCUGAUUGUACUGACUGUACUUCACUGGAGUGUUUAAGAAUUAGUGAAUUCAUGUUGAAAGUGUCUAACAUUUCUCUCUGUGUUCACAAAUGCUAGCUACUCAGUGUCUCCUCAACAUGUUAGUGUGUAGAGCCUCAACCAGUUUCAACCAGUGUGCAUCAGUGAGUGUGGGUGUAUAUAUACUCAAAGCGAGAGUGUGAGAGUGAUUGUGAGAGAGGGACAUUAACAUAGACACAGGUCCAAGUGUAGUAUAGUAGAUGCUAUUCAGUGUACAUACUUUAUAUACAUGUUUUAUAGAACAAUGUAUUAUGUGCUAUGUCUCUGAACACAGUACACUGUUUACAGUGUCCAUAUCACAACCCACACAAAUUAUAUCCCCUAGAUAUAAGAGAAUUCUUCACAUGCCCAGAGCAUAAACUAUAAUAAUACAAGUACAAUAAUCUGAUUAUUAUGUUGGGUUGAGUACCAACUACAUAUGGGUAACUAUGCUCUCAGUAAACGUUGUAGAGUUUUGUUUUAAUGUGGUAACAUAAUGUUAUAUGUACAUAAGAUAUACAGGCAUUAAACUUGAUUAGGUUUCUGUUGAUGUUAUAAAGGACUUCAGUGAUGUAGUUCUCAAGCAUUUUACAUAAAAACACACCUGGACCGCUCUGAGCAGAGGACGGAAUCCCCCAAGGCCUCACCAAUCCAGCCACGCUGAUCGCUCUGUUUCCCUGGGGUCUGUGUGGAGAUGAAAAGAUCAGGGGGAUAUUUUCCAUUGUUAAGUACCAGUGAUGCAACUGUUUUCUGUUCACAGGUUAGAAAUUUAUCCCUAACUUUUUUUUUUCUUGUCGACAAACACACUGUGUUGGGUCAGACGCAUAUCUUUUGACCAUGCUCUGCAUGUUCUAUAAUGUUGUAAUUAUUGUAUAAUACUGUUGUUGUGCUGUUUCAUGUUUCGUAUGUCUGUAUCAAUAAAUUCAACAGUUUCAGUUCAACAGGAAUUGGUUCAUUAUAUCAAAAAUGCAAUCAAAAUAAAGUCCACCGGCAGAGAGAAUAAA